AUGGCUCUGGGGCUCUUCCGGGUGUGUCUGGUGGUGGUGACGGCCAUCAUCAACCACCCGCUGCUGUUCCCGCGGGAGAACGCCACGGUCCCCGAGAACGAGGAGGAGAUCAUCCGCAAGAUGCAGGCGCACCAGGAGAAGCUGCAGCUCGAGCAGCUGCGGCUGGAGGAGGAGGUGGCCCGGCUGGCGGCCGAGAAGGAGGCGCUGGAGCGGGUGGCGGAGGAAGGCCAGCAGCAGAAUGAGAGCCGCACGGCCUGGGACAUGUGGAGCACCCUGUGCAUGAUCCUCUUCCUGGUGAUCGAGGUGUGGCGGCAGGACCACCAGGACGCGCCUUCACCCGAGUGCCCGGGCGGGGACGAGGACGAGCUGCCCAGCCUGGAGGGUGCCCCGCUCCGGGGCCUCACCCUGCCCAACAAGGGCACGCUCGACCACUUCUAUGAGCGCUGCAUCCGGGGGGCCACGGCCGACGCGGCCCGCACCCGGGAGUUUGUGGAAGGCUUUGUGGAUGACCUGCUGGAGGCCCUGAGGAGCCUCUGCAACCGCGACACGGACAUGGAGGUGGAGGACUUCAUUGGCGUGGACAGCAUGUAUGAGAACUGGCAGGUGGACAGGCCGCUGCUGUGCGACCUCUUCGUGCCCUUCAUGCCCCCCGAGCCCUACCACUUCCACGCAGAGCUCUGCUGCUCCCGCCACCCCGUGCCCUUGGAUCGCCAGGGCUACGGCCAGAUCAAGGUGGUCCGGGCCGACGAGGAUCCCCUGGGCUGCAUCUGCGACAAGACCAAGCUCGGGGAAGACAUGCUGUGUCUCCUCCACGGCAAGAAGAGCCUGGCACGGCCAGGCAGCGAGGUGGAAACCCUGCUGUGUGCCAGAGGCGCCCCAUACCUGGACACGAUGCAGGUCAUGAAAUGGUUCCAGACGGCCCUCACCAGAGCCUGGCACCGCAUUGCCCACAAAUACGAGUUCGACCUGGCAUUUGGUCAGCUGGACUCCCCUGGGUCCCUCAAGAUCAGGUUCCGCUCAGGGAAGUUCAUGCCCUUCAACCUGAUUCCUGUGAUCCAGUGUGACGACUCGGACCUGUACUUUGUCUCACACCUUCCCAGGGAGCCCUCUGGGGAUGCCCCGGCGUCCAGCACUGACUGGCUCCUGUCCUUUGCCGUCUACGAGCGACAGUUCCUCAGGAUGACGUCUAAGGCGCUGCCUGAGGGUGCCUGUCACCUCAGCUGCUUGCAGAUCGCCUCCUUCCUGCUGUCCAAGCAGAGCCGCCUGACUGGCCCCAGUGGGCUCAGCAACUACCACCUCAAGACAGCCCUCCUGCACCUGCUGGUCUCCCGGCGGCCCGCCGACUGGGAGGCCGGGCAGCUCGAUGCUCGCCUGCACGAGCUGCUCCGAUUCCUGGAGAAGAGCCUGCUGGAGAAGAAGCUCCAUCACUUCUUCAUUGGCAACCGCAAGGUGCCCAAUGCCAUGGGACUCCCUGAGGCCGUUCGCAGGGCCGAGCCUCUCAACCUCUUCCGGCCCUUCGUCCUGCAGCGAAGUCUCUACCGGAAGACGGUGGACUCCUUCUAUGAGAUGCUGAAGAACGCCCCAGUGCUCAUUAGCGAGUAUUCCCUACAUAUCCCCUCAGACCAUGCCAGCCUGCCCCCAAAAGCUGUUGUCUUGUAA